UAAAGAGUCAAAAAAAACAAACAACCACAACCAGAACCUGUGUCAAAGGCUUUAGAGAAGUUGAAAUUGUUGACACAAUCUAGGGAAACAAAUCUCAAUAUUGUCCAUAUUUUGAAAUCCUUCGACUCAGAUUCUUUUGAGAUGGUAGAUGCUAUCACGGGAUUCGUUGUGGGAAAGAUCGGCAACUAUCUCAUAGAAGAAGCAUCGAUGUUUAUGGGAGUCAAAGACGAUCUAGAGUACCUGAAGACGGAGUUGACCUGUAUCCAAGGUUAUCUCAAGGAUGUUGAAGCUCGAGAAAGAGAAGAUGAAGUCUCGAAAGAGUGGACAAAACUGGUGUUGGACUUAGCAUACGAUGUUGAAGAUGUUUUGGACUCCUAUACUCUGAAACUCGAAGAAAGAUCACAAAGGCGAGGUUUAAGGAGAUUGACCAACAAAGUAGGCGAGAAGAUGGAUGCGUACAACAUAGUUGAUGAUGUCAGGAUCCUUAAGACAAGAAUCUUGGAUAUUACUCGCAAGAGGGAGACUUAUGGCAUAGGAUCCUUCAACGAGUCUCGAGGAGAGAGUUCUACAAAUUUGAGGGUGAGGCAGCUUCGACGUACUCCACCUGUUGAUCAGGAACAGCAAGUAGUUGGUAUGGAAGAUGAUGCUAAGAUUCUUUUGGUAAAGCUUCUUGGUGAUAAUAAGGAGGACAAGAGGCAUAUCAUCUCCAUAUUUGGUAUGGGAGGUCUCGGAAAAACUGCACUUGCUAGGAAGCUUUACAACUCGGUGGAAGUGAAGAGAAGAUUUGAUUGCCGUGCGUGGACUUACGUUUCCCAAGAGUAUAAAACAAGAGAUAUACUUGUGAGAAUUAUAAGGUCUUUGGGAGUAGUCUCUACGAAAGAAAUUGAUGAAAAGAUCAAUAUGUUAAAGGAGGAUGAGGAGUUAGAAGUGUACCUUUACGGUCUUCUUGAAGGAAAAAAAUAUUUGGUGGUAGUAGAUGAUGUAUGGGAUCCACCCGCGUGGGAGAGCUUGAAGAGAGCCUUACCAUGCAAUCAUGGAGGAAGUAGAGUCAUCAUAACUACACGUAUUAGAGCGAUUGCUGAAGGCGUGGAUGGGACAGUCUACGCUCAUAAGUUAAGGUUCUUGACAAUUAAAGAAAGCUGGAAGUUGUUUGAACAGAAAGCAUUCAGGAAUAUCGAAAAGGUCGAUGAGGAUCUUCAGAGAAGUGGAAAAGAAAUGGUUCAAAAGUGCGGUGGACUACCGCUUGCUAUAGUCGUGCUAUCAGGGAUUUUGUCUAGGAAGAGGACAAACGAGUGGCACGAGGUUUGUGCUGGUUUAUGGCGACGCCUAAACGAUAACUGCAUUCAUAUUUCCACUGUCUUUGAUCUAAGCUUCAAGGAGAUGCGACACGAGUUGAAACUUUGCUUUCUUUACCUCAGCAUCUUCCCUGAGGACUAUGAGAUUAAUGUGGAGAAAUUGAUACGUUUACUUGUAGCGGAAGGGUUUAUACAAGAGGAUGAAGAGAUGAUGAUGGAAGAUGUGGCUCGGUACUACAUCGAUGAGCUGAUAGAUAGAAGUUUACUGGAAGCUGAAAGAAUAGAAAGAGGAAAGGUGAUGACUUGCAAAAUCCAUGAUCUUCUCAGAGACGUGGUUAUCAAGAAAGCUAAAGAGCUUAACUUUGUAAAUGUUUACAACGAGAAGCAUCAUUCUUCUACUAUGUGCAGAAGGGAAGUGGUUCACCAUCUUAUGAACAACAAUUACUUGGUCGACAGACGUGUAAACAAACGGAUGCGAACCUUCAUGUUUUUCGGAGAAGGGACAGGAAUGGUGGGGAGUGUAAGAACCUCAAACUUGAAACUGAAUCUACUUCGAGUGCUUAAUAUGGGAGGACUUUUGCUUUGUGGUAAGCGUUAUAUCAGAGAAUCUUUACCAGAAGUGAUCGGGGAAUUAAUUCACUUGAGGUACCUUGGGAUUGCUGAUAAUAAUGUCACUAUAUUACCAGCUUUCGUCUCUAAUUUACGAUUUCUACAAACACUUGAUGCGUCCAGGUCCAGCAAUGACUCGGACUCCUUCCAGUGCACGACCGAUCUAAGUGAGCUCACAUCACUAAGGCAUGUCAUCGGAAAAUUCGUGGGAGAAUGUCUAAUAGGUGACGCAGCAAACCUUCAGACGUUGAGGUCUAUCUCUUCUUACAGCUGGAGCAAGCUGAAACAUGAGUUACUCAUAAAUCUUCGGGACUUGGAGAUCUACGAUGACUCAAAGUGGGUAGACCAGAGAAGAGUUCCUUUACACACUUCUCACUUCUCUAAACUCAUAAAUCUUCGUGUCCUGAAGCUCGAAGUGGGAAUCUUUAAGUUAUCGUCGGAAUCAGAAAGCGGGUUAGUGGAUGUGAUCUUUCCCAGUCUGGAGUCUUUGACACUUGUCGGAACAAAUAUGGAGGAAGACUCAAUGCCUGCUCUGCAGAAAUUGCCUAGACUGGAAGAUCUGGUCCUGAAAGAUUGUACAUACUCGGGAACUAAGAUGAGCAUCAGCGCUCAAGGUUUCAGUCGGCUGAGGAAUCUUAAAUUGUUCAUGGUAAGAUUAGAUGAGUUGCUGAUCGACGAAGAGGCCUUGCCUAGUUUGAUUAAACUGAGUGUGAAGAAACAAGGAAUAUUACCAAAGCUGAAGAUUCCAGAUCGAUUGAAAAUGUUUGUUCGACGCUACUAAAAUAUGUGCUGAUGACCGCAGGCCUUUUAACGGUGAGCAGAACUUAAACGCAAUGUAUAUAGAAGACGUAUGGAUCGGAGAAUUUGGAUUCUACUUUAAGGUGAAGUGAAAAAAGUAGUAGUCGAGAGAGCUGUGAAGAGGUUGAUCAUGGCCGAUGAGGGAGAGAGCCGUUGUUCUAAAAGAGAAGCUCAAAGCCUCUGUUAGAAGUGGAGGCUCUUCAUACAAUGCAUUGGAUGAUCUUGUCAAGCACUUGAUUAUAGAUUGAAGAUGAACUUAAUGUAUAAUAAGAGAACGUUAUUCGAAUUCAAAUUCCUUGUUUUUCUUUUUCUUUCAAUAUAUUGUGUGACGUGUGUUUGUUGUU